CUUUCCAAUUAAAAACUUUGACUCGGUGAACACGUGAACGUGAUCCUCUACUUUUCACGAUCCAAGUUCAACCUUCCUUCUCUUCUCUUCUCUUCUCUUCAACUCCAAUCUCUGUGCUCUGCGUUCCAUUCCCAAUCGCGCAUUGAUCACAAAAAUUCUCCCUUUUCUCAAAUCACAGUAAAACUGAGGAUCUUGUUUGUUUCAAACCAGUAUGAUGGUCUUUGCUGUUAAUUGUUGAUGAUGAUGAUGAUGACUUUGUAUAUAAGGUUAAGGAGAUAACAGGAAAAAAGAAGUGAAGGAAUAAAAUGGGAGCUACUACUUUGUUGCCUGAUGUAGCAAUUGGGCUUCUUCCGCGAUGUCCCUUUGUUCCCAGGCACCCUUUUAUCUGUAGAGUAACUUCAAUUAGAUCAAUAAGAAAAAGGAGUUACUCCUUUGCUGAGAAGAGGGUCUCUAGAGAAUCAGUAUACACGGUUUUUUCACGAACGAAUGAUUCAGAUGAUGCUUUCACGGAUGUAGUUGUUGACCAGGAUGGUUAUUCUGGAAGAACUGAAGUUAUGGGAAUAGAAGAUGAAUUAAUGGUAGCCAAGAAAGCUCUUUCAGAGGCACAACACAGACAAAAUGCUAUUGAGAAAGAGAGAGAUCAAUUGCUUGAAGAACUUGCUCGUUCUGAGGCUAAAAAACAGGAAUACAUCUCCGCAAUUUUACAUGACAAAGAAGUAACUAUAAAAGAACUUGAGGCUGCCAAAUCUCUUUUUCAGAAAAAGCUGGAGGCUUCGGUGGAAGAGAAGUUCACUUUGGAAUCUAAGCUGGUCCUUGCCAAACAUGAUGCUGUUGAUCUUGCAGUGCAGGUGGAAAAGUUAGCAGAGGUUGCUUUCCAUCAGGCAACUUCUCACAUACUAGAAGAUGCUCAACUCAGAAUUUCAUCUGCUGAAACCACAGCUGCUGAAGCAGCCCAUCUAAUUGAAAGACAAAUUCAGGAUGCAACUGAGGGUACAUUAUCAUCCAUAGUUGAAAAGUCAAAAUAUGCUAUAGAAAGGGCUCUAGUUGUGGCGGAGGAAGCAGGUGAACGUGCAAAAGAGGCCAUGGAAACAUUUAUAGAUGGCACAUCUCCAUUUACUGAAAUGACCUCUGUCCAGGAAGAAAAUAUCAAGUUACAGGGCAUGAUAAGUGAUUUAGAAUCUCAGUUGAUGGUUGCAAUAAAUGAGGCUGAUAGUCUUAAGAUAGAAUUAGAGCACGCCAGGCAGCAGCUAAAGGCUUUUGAACAAAGAGCCAUUGAUGCGGAGAAAGCUUUGCUUGAUCUUCAGGAGUCAAUCAGGAAAACCACUCUCAAGCAGGAGGAGGAGAUGAAGUUAAUGCUGGAGAAAAUGAAGAAAGACAUGGCAGAAAGGACAAAGGCAAUUUCCAAGGCUUUUAAGACUGACUUGAAGAACAUCAAGGCUACACUUGAAGCUGCCAAAGAAGUUUCUCAUUGUAAAGAUUAUGCUUACCUAAGAAGAUGUGAGGCGCUGCAGAGGUCAUUAAAGUCAUCCGAAGAUGCUUUGAAGAUGUGGAGACAGAGAGCUGAAAUGGCUGAAUCAUUGCUAUUGAAGGAAAGGCUACAAGAUGAAGGGGAUAGAGAUUCUAUAUAUGUUGUCAAUGGUGGACGGAUAGACCUUUUGACAAAUGUUGAUUCUCAAAAAUGGAAACUACUAAGUGACGGUCCUCGUAGAGAGAUACCUCAGUGGAUGGCACGAAGGAUUAAGGCUAUCUCUCCCAGAUUUCCACCAAGAAAGAUUGAUGUAGCUGAAUCAUUGACAUCAAAGUUCAGAUCCUUGGAGUUGCCUAAAGCUGAUGAAGUAUGGUCCAUCUCUCGAGAAAAGCCAAAGGAAGAUGAUGCUUUAAUUGAACAAGUUUUUGAACGAGAAACAAUUGAGAGAAAGCGGAAGGCGCUGGAGCGUGCUCUUCAACGGAAGACUACAAAGUGGCAGAGAGCCCCUGAACAAACAAAACUAGAGCCAGGCACAGGAUCAGGACGUGAGAUUGUGUUUCAAGCUUUUAACUGGGAGAGCUGGAGAAGGAGCUGGUAUCUUGAAUUAUCAUCUAAAGCUGCGGAUUUAUCUCAAUGUGGGGUGACAGCAGUGUGGUUGCCACCGCCAACUAACUCGGUUUCUCCACAAGGUUACAUGCCUUCUGAUCUUUACAACUUGAAUUCAUCCUAUGGUUCUGUGGAAGAACUUAAAUCUUGUAUAGAGGAAAUGCAUUCUCAAGAUCUAGUGGUUUUAGGAGAUGCCGUCCUUAAUCAUCGAUGUGCACAGAAACAAAGUCCAAAUGGUGUUUGGAAUAUUUUUGGUGGCAAGCUUGCAUGGGGACCUGAAGCAAUUGUGUGUGAUGAUCCAAAUUUUCAGGGGCGUGGAAAUCCUUCCAGUGGUGACAUCUUCCAUGCCGCACCAAAUAUUGAUCAUUCUCAGGACUUUGUGCGGAAAGAUAUCAAAGGGUGGUUGAACUGGCUUCGCAAUGAUAUAGGUUUUGAUGGAUGGCGGCUUGACUUUGUAAGAGGCUUUUCUGGUACAUAUGUAAAAGAAUAUAUUGAAGCAUCAAAUCCUGUAUUUGCCAUUGGAGAAUAUUGGGACAGUUUGGCCUAUGAACAUGGAAGUUUGUGUUACAACCAAGAUGCUCAUCGGCAGCGAAUAGUUAACUGGAUCAACGCAACCGGUGGUACUUCGUCUGCAUUUGAUAUUACGACAAAGGGAAUACUUCAUUCUGCUCUGCAUAAUGAAUAUUGGAGACUGAUAGAUCCACAGGGGAAACCCACAGGAGUAAUGGGGUGGUGGCCUUCUCGUGCUGUCACAUUCCUGGAGAACCAUGAUACGGGGUCCACACAAGGCCACUGGCCAUUUCCGCGAGAUAAGCUCAUGCAGGGAUAUGCUUACAUUUUGACUCAUCCUGGAACUCCUGUGAUAUUUUAUGACCAUUUCUACGAUUUUGGCAUCCAUGAUGUGAUAACUGAGUUGAUCGAGGCUCGUAGACGGGCUGGGAUCCAUUGCCGGAGCUCUAUCAAGAUAAUACAUGCACACAAUGAAGGUUAUGUAGCCCAGGUUGGUGAUGCACUAGUCAUGAAGCUUGGGCACUUUGAUUGGAAUCCCUCCAAGGAGAACCAGUUGGAAGGGAGCUGGCAAAAGUUUGUUGACAAAGGACAGGACUACCAAGUGUGGUUGAGACAAUAGAUUGACAGUAGAAUUGCUUCUUUCUGUCAUGGAAAUUAAAAAUAGCUUCCAUAAAAUGCAUUCAUAGGAGGAAAAAGAGAAUCUUGUUUGUAAUAUAACCAAAACCUACCAACAUAUUAAUCCAUUUUAAGGGUAUUUUACAUCAGCUGUGUCAAAUACCUCUGUCAAGAAACACUAUAAUGUAUAAAUAAAAAUAAAAUUAUUGAAAAAAUUCAAGCACAAUUUUCAUUUUAAUUUUUAUAUAA